CUCGUCUUCGCAGAUACUCAAAACCCACAAAACACCAAAACUCUCUCCACAAAAUACUCCAACCACAAUCACUCCCAUUAAACCAAUUUCAAUCAAGGAGCUCGCCGAGGAACCCGACCUCGACGAGCUUGCGAAAAAGAUUAACCACAAUGCAAGUAUAUCCUCCAAGUUCCGUAGUCGUCACAACAUUUACGACUUUACGAUUGCUCGUUUUUCCAAUGCAGAGCGAUAUAAUUUGGUUGAAUAUGUACUUGAUAAACAUAAACACUUUGAGGAUAUUUCCCGCGAAGGCUACGCGCUUCGUCUCAUUUCGCUGUAUGCGAAAGCUGGGAUGUUUGAUCAUGCACACAAGCUGUUCGACGAAUUGCCUGAACUAGGUUGUCCUAGAACUGUUAAAUCUUUUAAUGCCCUUUUGAAGGCUGCGGUUGAAUCUAAGAGAUUUGAUGAGGUUUUCACUCUUUUUCAAGGGAUUCCGGCUGAUUUGGGGAUUAGUUGUGAUGUUGUUUCGUAUAAUACUUUGAUUCAUGCUCUUUGUGAAGUGGGGAAGCUUGAAGAGGGGUUGUUGAUGAUUGAUGAGAUGAAGGCGAAGGGUGUGAACCCGAGUGUGGUUACGUUUAAUACGCUUCUUGGUGCGUUUUAUAGGAGGGGUUUCGAGGGAGGUGAAUUGAUUUGGGGUAUUAUGGAUGAGUAUGAUGUGGUUCGGGAUAUUCGAAGUUAUAAUUUGAAGUUGCAGGGUUUGGUUGAUGAAGGCGAGCUUGAAAAGGCGGUUGCUUUGUUUGAAUCAUUGGAGACUAAAGGGUUAAAACCGGAUGUGGCAUUACAUUUUUCUUACCUUGUUCCGAAGUUAUGUGAUGAUGGAGAAUAUGAAUUGGCAUUGGAUUUGUGCAAGAAGAUGUUCAAGAGGCAGUUUGUGGUUGAUGAGGCUCUGUUGCAGCUUGUUGUCAAUGGGUUGGUGAAGGAAUCGAAGAUUCAAGAAGCUGAGGAACUUGUAGAGCUAGGGAAGUCCAAUAGCUUUGUUCAAUAUGAUUUGGUGAUGCCGUCAGAUAACACAGAGAAGCAAGAACAGAACAACUCGCCGUGA